GAUCUAAUUCUGAAUUUGCAGGCUACAAAGGAAUGGCGAACUUGGAUGAGAUGCUAGUAUCAAGCUGGUUUAACGUUGAAUCCUCUGUGCCUUCAUCUUAUGUGCAACCACCGGAAAGCAGACCCGGCAACCUCAUUCCAGCUUCCGGCAAGACGAUUCCGGUGGUUGACCUCGGAGCACAUGAUCCAGCAGUUGUAGCUGCAAACAUCUUGAAAGCCUGCAAGGACUUUGGAUUUUUCCAGGUAAUCAACCAUGGAGUUUCAGAGGAAUUAAUGAAGAAUACGAUGACGGUGUGCAAAGAAUUUCAUGCGAUGCCUGGGAAGGACAAGUUAGAAGAAUGCUCGAGGGACCCAAAUGGAAGAUGUAAGCUGUAUACAAGCAGUGAGAAUUACACCAAAGACGCUAUUCAGUAUUGGAAGGACACUUUGACACUCCCUUGUCCUCCUUCCAUGGAAUACACACAGUAUUGGCCUCGCAAACCAUCUAAUUACCGCGAGGUAGUUGGGGAAUACGCGCAAGAACUCAGAAAGCUGGGAUUGAAAAUCUUGGAGCUGCUUGAAGAAGGAUUAGGGCUAAGCCGUGGAUACUUGUGUGGUGAACUGAGUGAGAAUCCAACACUGUUAGUUCAUCACUACCCUCCUUGUCCAGAUCCGAGUUUAACCUUGGGUUUAGCCAAGCACCGAGACCCUGACCUCAUCACUAUCCUCCUUCAAGAACAACACGUCAAUGGCCUUCAAGUCCUCAAGGAUGGACAAUGGAUUCAAGUUGACCCUCUUCCCAAUAGCUUCGUCGUCAACAUAGGCCUUCUCUUGCAGAUCAUCAGUAAUGGAAGGCUUGUGGGUGCUGAACAUAGGGUUGUGACAAAUUCAAAAACUUCGCGUACGAGUGUUGCUUAUUUCGUUUAUCCAUCAAAUGAGAGCAUCAUAGAACCUGCAAAAGUCUUUAUCAACGGCGGGAACUCAACAGCUCCAACUUACAGAUCCAUGGAAUUUGCUGAGUUUCGCAGAAAUUUCUUCUACAAGGGUUCUCGCAUCGAAGCAGAAUUGCACCCUUAACUCUCACCCAUAUAAUCCUGCAUGCCAGACAUUAUUAUAACUUACUGUACUUCUCUAUUGUGAAUCCAAGUGAAGUGGACGAACUUUAACAUGGCCUUGUAAUUCCAUGAAUAAGAGUGAACAUGAACAAACCGACGUGAUUGAAGAUGAGCUUCAUAUUCUUCUGGUUAUUUUACGUGUCACAAACGGCGGGCCUCUUUUGUUUGCAGGGGCCCAUGUUCUAUAGAAGUCUGGGUCCUCCUUGAGAUUAAUGGGC